GCCAAGCAAGGAUCUACCUCUCGCAAUCCAUUAGAUAACUAGAAGAAUAUAAAGGAGACCCAAACCCACAACAAACAAUGUCGCAUUCUUCAUCACACCCUGCCCCACUCAGCUUCCAUCUCUUCCUCUUCUUCACGACACCACUCUUUGAGCACUGAUUAAGAAGUUUUCUCGCAUCUCAACUUGGUAUGAUGAAAGGACUACUCGCCGUUCCUUCAACCACCGAAGCCCGGCAACGAUCGACGGCCAUGGAUGAUGACACCGACAGAAGAAGGCUGACCAAGUCGAAAGAUCUCAAGAUAGUAGACAAGUGCAAGAUACUAAGUCCCGAGAGGUAUUCGGUCUGCAAAUUCGAGAUUUUGAAAACUGCAAUGAUCAUCCUCACUUGUUGCACGGUUUUGACUGUGGCUUUCUCCCCCGUGAUCCGUAAAGUACAACCGCCGCCGCGCGCCGGUUCCAGAUCGCGGUUUGUGAAUGCGGGAGAGAUGUGGCAAGCAACAGCAUCCGACCCUCGGUACAUAUCGCACUUAGAUAUCGGAUGGAAUCAUUUGUCAACCAUACUGGAAGAUUUAGAACCGAGAGAUGGAAGUCUCAAAGUUGGAUUGCUCAAUUUCAACGUGACAGAGGCUAGAUCUUGGCAGCAGACACAGCCUGAAACAGAGGUCUCGUUGCUGCACCUGGACUACGCGGACACGAGCAUCACCUGGGAUCUGCUGUAUCCGGUAUGGAUCGACGAGGAAGAGGAAAAUAAAGUGCCUUCUUGUCCAUCUCUCCCAGAGCCGCAAGCGAAGGAGGGUUCGAGGUUCGAUCUCGUGGCCGUCAAGCUGCCCUGCGACCGGUCCCAGAGCUGGUCCAGGGACGUGGCGAGGCUACACCUGCAACUCUCAGCGGCGAAGCUGGCCGCCGGGAAGUCUCCGGUCAGUGUACUUAUCCUCACAGAGUGCCUUCCGAUUCCCAAUCUCUUCCCUUGCAAGAAUCUCAACAGACGCGAGGGAAAUCUCUGGCUGUACGAGCCUGAACCUGCAGCGCUGGAGGAGAAGCUUCGGCUUCCGGUCGGGUCGUGCAAGCUGUCGAUCCCAUUCGAGUCAAAAACGCGGGCGUACACCGAGGUGGGACGAGGCAGGGAGGCGUACGCCACCAUCCUCCACUCCGCGGACCAGUACGUUUGCGGAGCCAUCGCGCUGGCCAAAAGCAUCCGCUCGUCGGGAUCCGCACGAGACCUCGUCAUCCUGGUGGACGAGGCCAUAGGCGGGAGCGACCGGGCCGGGCUGGAAUCCGCAGGGUGGAAGGUCAGAACCAUUAAGAGGAUCCGCAACCCCAAGGCGAAGCGCGACGCGUAUAACGAGUGGAACUACAGCAAAUUCCGGCUGUGGCAGCUGACCGAGUACGAGAAGGUGGUCUUCCUCGACGCCGACAUCCUCAUCCUUCGAAACAUCGACUUCCUCUUCGCGCUGCCGGAGGUGAGCGCGAUCGGGAACGACGGCACCAUGUUCAACUCCGGCGUGAUGGUGGUGGAGCCGUCGGAGUGCACAUUCCAGUGGCUGAUGGACAACAUAGAGGAGAUCACGUCGUACAACGGCGGCGACCAGGGGUACCUGAACGAGGUCUUCACGUGGUGGCAUCGGGUGCCGAGGCACACCAACUUCCUGAAGCACUUCUGGGAGGGCGACACGGAGCAGAGGAAGGCGAGAAGGGAGAGAUUAUUCGCCGCAGACCCGCCGGCGGUCCACGCGCUGCACUACCUGGGUCUGAAGCCGUGGCUCUGCUUCAGGGACUACGACUGCAACUGGGACAACCAGAUGUUCUGGGGUUUCGCCAGCGACGCGGCGCACGCCACGUGGUGGAGGGUGCACGACGCGUUGCCGGAGGAGCUCCAGAAGUUUUGCCUGCUGCAGACGAGGAACAAGGCGUUCUUGGAGUACAACCGGCGGCAGGCGGAGAAGGGAGAGUACCCGGACGGGCACUGGAGGAGGAACAUUACCGAUCCCAGAUUGCAUAUCUGCACGGAGAAUUUCUGCAACUGGCGAAGCAUGCUGGUUAGUUGGGGGCAGACUACUGAUGCAGAUCCUAAAGCAGCGAAACCGAGCUUGUAAUCGGCGUCCAUCCAUCCAUCCAUCCAUCGUCGUCCUUCACGUCGUCGCUAGAUCUCCUUUGCUGGAUAUAGAUAUAUAUAAAUGCAAAGGUGUUGAAUUUGAUUGUAAGUUCAUACGCAAUGUUUCCUUGUUCGAUCUCAUAGAGAAGUCGAUAGGUAUAGCAUUUCUUGUUA